AUGGACGAUGAAGAAUUACCAUCGGAAUCAACAUCACGUCCAAUUUUUCGAAGCAAAGUCAACAAAACAAUUAGUUCAAAAACAAAAAAAAAAUCUAAUUCAAGAAAAAAAAAAAAAAUUCAAUCAACAUCAACAUCAAGAUCAAAAACAUCAAAACAAGCAAUUAACAUCCACGUAGAAGAAAAUUUAAUUCAUGUUAGUGAUUGUAUUGCAAGUGAUGAAACAGAUAAUGAUGAACCUAAUCCACAAUCAAGUGUCGUGACAAAAAAAACUUCUAAAACAAAAUUGGAUGUAUGGAAGUAUUUUACAAUAUUACCUAAUGGAGAUUAUAAAUGUAAUUUAUGUCCAGAUUCAGCAAAAACAUUUCCAAAAUCAAAUGAAUCAUUUGAUACAAAUCUUCGUAGUCAUCUUGGUCGAACUCAUAAACUAACAGAUUUUCUUUAUCCAUCACAACUUCCAACGAAAAAAUUACCAAAAGAAGAAAGUAUACCUGAUCAACGUAAAAAAGAUUUAGAUACAGCUGCAAUUCAAGCCAUUAUUGAAGAUUCUCAUUCGUUCAACAUUUUUCGUAAACCUGGAAUGCAAAAAUUUCUUUCCAAAGCUGUACCAGGUUAUCGUGGUCCAAAUCGACGGACAGUCGUUAAACGUUUAAAAUCUAUGUAUAAAGAACGACGAUCAACGAUUCGUAAUAAUUUAUCUUCCGUUUCGGAUAUUUCUCUAUCUGCUGAUAUUUGGAAAAGCAUACGACGAGAUCAUUUCUUAUGUUUAUCUGCACAUUAUUAUGAUGAACACUACCAAUUUAAAUCAAAUGUUAUUGCUUUUCGUCGUUUUCUUGGUCCCCAUUAUAGUGAUCGAAUAGAACAAUUUAUUACUCAUGAAGUUGAAAAACUCAAUAUUGAAACAAAAAUUCGUUCAUUAACUACUGACAAUGGUAGUGAUAUACGACUUGCCUCACAAAACAAAUUUAAAUUUGGAACAAGAAUUUCAUGCUUAACUCACGUAUUAAAUUUAGUUGUACAAAAUGGUCUGUGGUUGUUCAAAAUACCAAUAAAACCAAAUGUAACACCACCUUUAACAACAAAUACCACCGCAUCAACAAUAACAGUAACAAAAUCAAAAAAUACCAAAUCAAAUAAUACUAAAUUAAAUAAUAUUAAAUCAAAUAACACUACAUCAAAUUCGACAUCAUCAAAAACAACUACAACCAAAUUAAAUACAGUUUCAUCUUCAUUCGGUAAAAUCAAAUCAAAUUUGAUAUUAUCAGCAUCAAGUACAACAAAGUCUAAUAAAACAACAGUACCAUCUAUGGAUUCAUCCACCGAAGAUGAUGAUUAUGAUUUUAACAUAGACGAUGAUGCAGUUUGGGAUCAAGUCAGUGAUGAUGAUAAUAAAAAUUAUAUUAUUAAUGAAGGUGGUGAUGUUGAUAAUAAAAAUUAUAUUAUUAAUGAAAGUAGUGAUGUUGAUAAUUCAUCUGAUAAUAUAUCAACAACAUCAUCGUUAUCAGAUGGUGUAUCUAAUUGGUCAUCCUCAGAAAAUGAUGAUUAUUAUGACGAUUUAAAUACACCAUUAUCAUCAACAAUUAUACAAGAAGAAUUUAUUAAUACAUCAUAUGCUCAACCAUCAAUUCUAUUAUCUCAUGUUCAUAUGCUUCUUCAACGUGUUCGAAAACUUGUGACGAUGAUACGGAAUAUAAGUGCAUUGAACAGAUAUGUUGUUAAACAAAUAAAAUUAUUCUUGGAAAAUUUAAAUCGUCAACGAGCAGCUGAAAAUAAAAAAAAGAUUAGAUACAAAGAAUUUACAUUAGACAUGAAAAUUAGAUGGAAUUCAUCUUUCGUAAUGAUAUCACGCUUUGUUUUUUUUAACUCAAUUAUUACUUCACUAACAUAUAAUCCAUCUGAACAAAUCAAUUUAAAACAAAGCCAAUAUAGAAAAUUAAAAAAAUUAUCAUUUACAUCUUUAGAUUGGUCUAUAUUAAAAGUACUUGAAAAUAUUCUUGCACCAUUUAAUAAUUCAACAACAGUUCUUUCAUGUCGACGUCGACCAACUUUGUCCAUUUGUAAACCUGUUAUUCGUGGUUUAAUAAAUUUUUUAAAAGUAGCUGAUGAUGCACCACAUACAUUAGAGAAUUUAUUGAAAAAACAAUUAUUAUUGAAUUUAAAUUUUUAUUUGAAUAAACAUAUUACUGAUGAACAAAAUAAAGCUAUGUUGAUAUCGUCAUUUUUGGACCCAGCAACGUGUCCAUAUAUCAGUUGUGAUGAUCAAAAAGAAGCAGAAACAAUCAUUUCAAAUGAAGCUCAACAACAUUAUACAAAAUUAAAUUCUCAAUUAUUAUCAUCAUCAAGUCAAUCAUCAAUAACGACAUCAUCAAAUAAAGAUAAACAAAAUAAUGAAGCAAACAUUUUGAAAAAUUUUUUUAUAAGCUGUGGUAUUGAACUACAUACAGCAUCAUCUGAUUUUAAACUAUCAACUAUAAAGGAAGAACUUGCUCAAUAUAUUGCACCACAAAAACGUUUUCAAACUUGUAGUGAAUACUGGAAUGCAAAUAAAGACCGUUUACCUGUAUUAUCUUCAUUUGUUCGUCAAUACAACAUCAUGUGUGCAACGUCUAUUGAUUGUGAAAGCGCUUUCAGUAUUGCUCGAUUUAUUCAUCGUAAAAGUCGAUCUGCUUUAGCACCAUCAAGCUUGAGAUAUUCCAUGGUGUUACGUGAACAAAUCAAAAAUAAACAAAUGUAA